UCUCCUAUUCCAAAAAAAUCAAGCUUUCAUUUCUGGUUACACAUUUAGAAACUGUUUAAUUCUGCUCAGUGUUCUGCAAGGAACAGGUGCCGAAAUAAACUGCAGUUCGAUGUGCGACGAGAUCUACGGACCUAUACUAACCACUAAAUUAGUACCUCCGACUAUGAUCCAGGUGCGAUUUCGCAAACUGUUCGUCGGGGGCAUUGAUUCCAGCAUCACCGAAAGUGACUUGAUCAAUUACUUCGAAAAGUUUGGUACAGUGACAGGCUGUACGAUUCACCGCGACAGAGACACUGGGAGAUCUCGGGGCUUCGGAUUCAUCACCUUUCAGGAGCCGGCAUCAGUGGAUGCUGUCCAGCUCAGUCGACCCCACAUUAUCAAUGGAUGCGAGGUAACACUGAAACGAGCCGUGCCAAGAGAAUUUUUCCAAGAAUUUGAUGGGCUCUUGACAGUCAAUAGAAUCUUUGUAGGAGGUCUUCGAUCAGAAAUACAGGAGUCGGAUAUUAGAGAGUAUUUCAGCAAUUUCGGAAAAAUUCGGAAGGUGGACAUCAUGAUGGACAGAAAUACGAACACAAAGCGAGGUUUUGCUUUCGUCGAAUUCGAUGACUACGAUCCAGUUGACAAAGCAGUUCUGCAAGGCAAUCAUGUUAUCCUUGGACAAGAUGUAACCGUCAGAAAAGCUAAGUCAAGAUUGGAGAUGGAACUUUUGCGUCAGCGAAUAGGCCUUCGAUCUGGGAACUUGUCACCUCUGCUUCGGAGAAAAAGUACUCCUUUCCAACUGAACAGGGCGUUUGGUUCGACACUGGGAGCACUGGGAAGACCUUCCCUUGACAGUAUGGACUGCCCCUUUCAUUUCGACACUAGGAGACGCGGAAGAUUUUGCUGAUGAAGAAUAACGGCUUCAAGCAAGCAAUAGAAAUGGAUUUUGGGGGGAAAAUCUGCAAAUACGUAGCUACUGAUACCAUAGGCGAAAUUUAGCAUUAAACUGAUUUUAUUAUGAUUGUGAGAAUCUCUUUAAAAAGAUGUCAUAUAAAAGAGAAGUGAUACUGGUAACGCAUGUACUUAA